CUAGUUAUGUUUUGUAAACAAGCCACUCAACCAGCAACUAGUUAAUUAUUGUGGUGUUCGAGAUCAUUGUUUAUAGAGUUAUAAUUAAACAGUUUCAAGCUUUAAAUUCAUUGGAAUAAAAGAAAAUUGCCGCAGAAGUGACAUGGCGAUUGUUAGCAACAAUUUUGACCAAUGCAGUUUUUGCUUUGAUAUAUGCAAUGAGGAAUUUCAUCAUACACUGGUCCCCACUUACCUUCCAACGCAGAAGCUAGAAAUUAUUCUGCAGAAGUUGCGCGGCUUCACUUCCCAAUUGAGCUGCUAUUCCACGUGUGCCCAAUGCCGCCAAGAAUUCAUAAGCCUCCAUAACAUUCCCGAGAGCUGCUUUCAAAUAUUGGCCAGCGCUGAACCGAUUGAAAUUAAGAUGGAACCAGAGUUAAUCAUUGAUGACCACGAGCUGUCCGAUAGUGAUAAUAUUUUUGAGACAGACCCAAAAGCGGAUUUUAAGUCAACUGAUCAGGAAGCUGAAGUGCAAAUCAAGGGCGAAAUCGACGAAGAAUUCUUCAUCAACGAAAUUGACGAAAAAGACAACAAUACAUCAAUCAUUCCGGUUGCUUCAGUUCGUCAUAAGGGUAAGAAAGACCGCUUACGGUUACAAACGGGAAAGAAACCGUUUCAAUGUGAAAAGUGUGACAAAACUUUUCGCAGAAAAUUCGAUCUAGAAGAGCACAUUCAAGUUCAUACGGGUGAACGUCGUUAUUCUUGUCCACAUUGUCGGAAAGCAUUAAGGUUUUUUUCAGGUCUCCAAGAACACAUUCGAAUUCAUACAGAUAAACGUCCCUAUUCUUGUUCACAUUGUCCGAGGACCUUUAGACAAUAUUCGGCGCUCAUAAUGCACAUUCGAACUCAUACGGGUGAAUGUCCCUAUUCUUGUCCACAUUGCCCAAAGGCGUUUAAAAAUUUAGCAACGCUCAAAGAACAUAUUCGAACUCAUACGGGUGAACGUCCGUACUCUUGUUCACAUUGUCCGAAAACGUUCAAGAAGGCUUCAGGGCUCCAUCAACACAUUCGAACGCAUACAGGUGAACGUCCCCAUUCUUGUCCACAUUGUCCGAAAGCGUUUAACCGUUCUUCAGCGCUUCAACUACACAUUCGAAUUCAUAUGGGUGAACGUCCCCAUUCUUGUCCACAUUGUCGGAAAGCAUUCAGACUUUUUUCAGGGCUCCAAGAACACAUUCGAAUUCAUACAGAUGAACGUCCCUAUUCUUGCCCACAUUGUCCGAAGACCUUUAGACAAUAUUCGGCGCUCAUAGUGCACCUUCGAACUCAUACGGGUGAAUGUCCCUACUCUUGUCCACAUUGCCCGAAGGCUUUCAAGAAGGCUGCAUCGCUUCAAAUACACAUUCGAUUUCAUACGGGUGAAUGUCCUUAUCCUUGUCCACAUUGUUCGAGAGCGUUUAGGGAUUCUUCAGCACUUCAAAAGCACAUCCUGAAUCAUACGGGUGAACGUUCCUACGCUUGUCCAAAUUGCCCGAAAGCGUUUAAAAGUUCAUCAACGCUCAAAGAACAUAUUCGAACUCAUACGGGUGAACGUCCCUACUCUUGUUCACAUUGUCCGAAAUCGUUCAAGAAGGCUUCUGGGCUCUAUCAGCACAUUAAAACUCAUACAGGUCAACGUCCCCAUUCAUGUCCACAUUGUCCGAAAGCAUUCAAGCAUAAACAGACGCUCCAACGACACAUUCGGUUACAUACCAAGUAGAAGCGAGACUUCUAACCACUCCUAUCACCUUAUGCUAGACCAGUUCGAUGAAGAUACAGGUGGCUCGGAUCAAUUAUCCCUGUUGACCGUCAAUAAAGGGAUAACUGAAUGCUGAAGGUUUUCUUUGUCACUGAAUGCUAUUGAACAAUAAAUAAUUAUUAGUCUAGACGACGAAACUUUACAAAAAUUGCAAAAAUUUACUAAAAAUAUAAAAAAUAAAA